AUGACAGAUUACGGUCGGCACAACUCAUUUAAUGAUAUAUUCCACAACUACUACAAUGAAAUUCGUGCGUCUUCGCCACCUUUGCUCGGUUUAUACGUAUUUGUAACCCCAGUGGCUCUAAUAACAGACUUGCAAUUGGCCAAACGUAUUCUAACAAAAGAUUUCGGUUAUUUUCAUAAUCGUGGUUUAUACCAUAACCCAGACGAUUUGACGGGCAAUCUCUUCACCUUGGACUAUGAUCGAUGGAAAGUGUUUCGAACAAAACUCUCACCAAGUUUUACAAGUGGCAAAUUGAAAUCAAUGUUGCCGACAUUUGUUGGAGUCUCUAAAGAAUUAAUACAAGUUAUGAAGCUCGAUAUUGCGGAGGGUAAUAAUAUUUUCGACAUAAAAGAUUUAAUGUUACGUUUUACAUUGGAAAUAAUUGGAUCCUGUGGUUUUGGCUGUAAGACACAUAGUUUACAAAAUCCCAAAGAUCAAUUCUAUCAACUCAUACAGAACUCGUUUAUUGGAGAACACAAUGGAAAUGUGACAAAGCUUCUAAUGAUCGCCUUUCCCCGAUUGGCCCGUCUGCUACAACUUCAAUAUUUACCAGCUAAUAUGAUACGAUUUUAUACAAAUUUCGUAAAAGAUAUCUUGGAUGUUAGAAAAAAAUCUGAAAUGCGUUAUAACUACAUUAUUGAUACCUUAAAUGAAAUGCACAUCGGAACGAGUGACCGGAAAUUGACAUUAACUGAAAUUACGGCACAAACCUUGAUAUUCUUUCAGGCGGGGUAUGAAAGUACCGCAUUCACGCUAACCUAUGCCCUAUAUGAAUUGGCAAGAAAUUGUGAAAUCCAGGAAAGAACUCGCGAGGAAAUUUUUAGAGUUUUAAAGAGACACAAUGAUGGCGUUACAUAUGAUUGUUUAAGUGAAAUGAAAUAUCUACAACAGGUUCUGAAAGAAACGCUACGCCUUUAUCCCAUAUCACCGUUAAUUAUACGACAAUGUUCCAAAGACUACACGGUGCCAUCACAUUCGGAUAUUGUAAUAAGUAAAGGUCAAAUGAUAAUAAUACCGGCGUAUAGUUUUCAACGAGAUGAAAAUUAUUAUCCUAAAGCGACCGAAUUUAAUCCUGAGAAUUUUGCUGCAGAUCGUUCAAAUCCUCCCCUGUUAAGUUUUGGUGAUGGACCGCGUAAUUGUAUUGACUUUGCCAUAACUUAA